CUUCCGGUUUCGCGGUCGCGUUAGAGUCUGUUCUGAGGACGUAAUUGUGGAGCAAAGUAAAUAUCCCGAAUUUCCAACUAAACCCAAGAGGUUGGUACAGAAAAAUUGCAAACAUGUCACACACAAUCCUGCUGGUCCAGCCAACCAAGAGACCCGAAGGGAGAACAUAUGCUGACUAUGAGUCGGUGAAUGAGUGCAUGGAAGGUGUUUGUAAAAUGUAUGAGGAGCACCUGAAAAGGAUGAACCCCAACAGUCCAUCAAUAACAUAUGACAUCAGCCAGUUGUUUGACUUCAUCGAUGACCUGGCUGACCUCAGCUGCCUCGUGUACCGUGCAGACACACAGACCUAUCAGCCUUACAACAAGGACUGGAUCAAAGAGAAGAUUUAUGUGCUGCUUCGUCGCCAGGCCCAGCAGGCUGGAAAGUAAUGGAUGCAUGGUUACUACUUUAAUUACUUUCGUUCAGACAGGUCAGUUCAGUUUUUGGAACAAGUAUGGAGAUCUUUUGGAUAUCUGCCCUCAAAUUUGAAGGAGACAUCUAUUUAGUGGCGUAUAUCAGAUGAAUGCACAUUAAUCAUGGUAACCAUUCUACCUGUGUUCAGGAAGUUCCUUGUUUUUUAUGUACCUUUGAAAUGGGAAGUAGAUGUUGCCUUGGCCUUUUCUUUGAGCAGCUAUGAGGAUGAAGGGAACUGGAGAGUGUGUUCAUUGAAUUGUCAUACCAUUUUUAUUGAAGUCUGAGCUAUUUGGUUAUUCUCUCUAUGCCGUGAAACUAGUAUGUAUUGUUUUUUGAACUGUAAGAGUAAACCUUAUUUUACAUUACUCUGUAUGUAGAUCCUAUGUUGUAAGAAUCUGAGUUUGAAAAUAUGGGAUGCGAGUGCUGCAUUUCAGUGGGUUCCUUUCAGACAGCAUAACCGCACUUCUACUUGAGGAGGCAUGUUUUCACUUCUGCCUGGAAAUGUAAUUUGUCUUUUUUUCCAUUUAUCUCCAUUUUCAUUAUAUUUAGUGAUUUAAACUUGUGCCAAAAAAAGCAUACUUUAAAAGUAACAAGUAAAUAUCUUAUUUUAAACAAGACAGUUUCAUUUUAUAUCUGCAAAUCUCAUACUGUGAAAAGCAUGGUCAUUCUCAGUUCUUAGGUUUCCAUCUAACAGUGCAGCACCUGUUUCAACUGGGGUGUAGUAAAUAAAGGCGCGCACACAAAAUGCACUGUAAAGCACCUGCUUCUCUUGCUAUAGGGGCUGCAGGUUUCAUCAGUACCUUGUGUGUUUUUACCCUGCUUUUGUAGAGCAGGGAUACUGAUCAGUGCACAGCCCACACCAGCUACACAGCAUUCCUUUAAAAAGUGUUCAUGUAAAUGUCUUCAGUUUUUUAAAAUUCUGGUUUCUCUCACUUCUCCUGCUCUGUUUCACAUACUUUUAGCUCUUCCAUGUGAUAAAUCACAAAAAUGAACAGGUCCAUAUUAAGUUUAGGCCAAGUCAGGAUCAAACUUCUAGCGUUCACCUGAAAAUAAAGGCAAUUAAUGCAAGCAGGACUUGAUUUUUAUUCCUUAACUGCUGCUAGAGAAACUGCAUUUUUAUUCCUGUUUGUAAAGCAUUCACCACUAGAGGGUGCAAGACAUGACUGCUAAAUUGACUUUUCUACCACCACUUUAUUCAGUCUUAUUCCGAUAAACCGAGAUGCAGUGGGAAGAAAAUUACAAAAUGGGCAAACAAGAGUAUGACUCCCAUUCAAAAAACAAAAACAGAUGGAAGUUUUCCACAUCACAUGGGCAGAACAGAACUCUCCAUUCUGACACUGCAAGGCUCCCACAGGGCCUACAGGGAAAAGUUUUUUCCAAGAGUAAGGAAUGCUGACAAUACAUUUAAAAAGAUCAACCAAACAGACCAAAAAUUAAGGACACAGAGUGGGGGGGGGGGGGUUGGACUGUCAACUAUAAAUUAGGUUACGCAGCACCAGCUGCAUAAGCUUCCUGUAAAUCUGUACACUGCAGUGUACCAGACGCUCAGUGGGCUUCCAUCAAUGAUUGUUACUGCACUAACAAUGUUGUACGAUAAAAUCACAAUGUA